AUAGCUCUUCACUUGCGGAAUGUGAAGCGAUCAGGCAGACAAAGCUGGUACCGCGGCGGAAGCUGCGAAUUGCUGCCGUUGCCUCGGAGAAGACUAUCGACAGAUAUACUCGCCCGUCAUGGUCGGCAUUCGAGCUUGGCAAGUUUCCAGUCUGGUGGCAAGCAAGUGAUGGCCAGCCUCCUACUGCUGGAGGGCAGCUCAUCAUUUUCUUCAAUCCGGACGCGUCUUCCUUGAAGCCCAACGAUGUCUACGGGGUUGCCUUCAACGGAGGAUUCAACCAGCCAAUUAUGUGUGGAGGCGAGCCACGAAUCAUGACAAAGAAGGAUCGCGGCAACUCUUGUGCUCCUUUGUACAGCAUCAAGAUCAAUCUCCCAAAGCAUACACUGAGCUUGGAGUUUUCGUUUACAAAUGGCAAGGACUGGGAUGGGCCUUACAAGUUGAACGUGGCGGUGCCACCCAAGUUUCGGAACAAGCCUUCAAGUUUCUUCAGCGAGGGGCUGGCAGCCGAACUGUCCAAGGAUGGAGCCUGUGACAAUGCCAUCUACCCAGAGGCAGUGCUGGUGAUGGACAGAUGCCCUCUACCGCCAUACAAUCCAGAGGGGUGGAAGUGUGACUUGGAUCUCAACCCGGGCUGUACAGACAAGGAGAACCCAUUCUACGACCCGCUCGCCACCGUAGACGACGGGACGUGCCCAUACGUGGAAGAACAAGUUGAAAAUGAGAAUUAACUGUGUAACAAGGGUUUUGCUAGGGUCUAAGGCCAGAUGCUCUUUGUGAGGCGAUGUCCAGCGGCGACGAGGAAUGGGUGUGCGAGGCUGCUGCGGCGGUGGAGCUCCUCAUCGUCCGAGGGAGAGGAUGACAUCUUCGAGGACCGCAUGAACAUCAAGGUAAGCGAGGAUAAAUGUAGCUAUGGCGUGCGAAAGAUCAAGGAGUGGAUCAAGGCAAGGGAGCUGGACAACACGUACCGUGUGCGCCGGAUCGUGGAUCCGCUGGUUCACACGGGCAUGUACAUAGAGUUCCCCCACCUGAUAAGCAUGUCGGUGGAGACGCACCCGAUGGUGUGCACCUCCGACUUUGCCGAGACGGCCUUGAUGCCGACGCUGGAGACGGUGGAGGACCCGAGUUACACCAAGGAGCUGGAGUCGCCCCGUCUCAUCCUGCUGGAGCCGCUGGGUUACAACGAGCGCGCGUUUUGCCUCAAGCACAAGGAGCCCAGCGAGCUCUUCGACCACAUCCUCAAGCUGCGCAAGCUGCUGCUCAAGGCCACCGCCCAGGACGGCAUCGUGGAGCUCCCCGGCGGCGAGACCAUCGACAUGAGAGCACCGUGGGCGAUCAAGGCGGACAAGGCCGAGCGCGCCAAAAAGGAGCAAGUGCCCAUCUACGUCAAGUCGGACUAUGGCCCAGCGUGAGUGCGAGUGACACUAUCGAUGGCGGAUGGAUCAUGGCAUUGCUUGCUCCUCCCAAGCUCUUUGCUUUGCACAGGAAAUGCCAUAUUCUUAUACUUGGACGA